UGUCUGGAGCGCUGGUACCGUCAACAGCGCAGCGCAGUCACACUGGCAACGGCGGCGUCGGCUCUCAUCAUUUCCGAGCCCGUUACAUGUAAACACGGAUCAUUGAGGGGAUUGAAGAGUCGCAACAAACACCAGAAACCAGCUGCGACGGGGUCGCAAUGUCCUCGUCCACUACCGAGACGGAGGAGCCGCACGCCUCGCAGUUGACGCCUCUGAAGUUGGUAGGGCUUGUUUGCGUGUUCCUCGCGCUGUGCCUUGACGUUGGCGCCGUGCUGAGCCCUGCGUGGGUUACGGCGGACGACCAGUACUACCUGUCUCUGUGGGAAGCAUGCUGGAAACCGGCAGCGUCAGAACGGUGGGAAUGCAGCAGCACGUUGGAAUCCGACUGGCAGAUUGCCACACUGGCCCUGUUGCUAGGCGGAUCUCUACUGGUUCUGCUGUCGUUUGCAGUGGUUCUGGUGUCUGUGUGUGUUGGGACCAGGACCAAGUUCCACCGGCCUGUUGCUGUCAUGCUGUUCACUGCAGUUGUUCUCCAGGGCUGUUGUCUGGUGCUGUAUCCAAUCAAGUUCAUUGAGAGCAUCAGCCUGAGGAUCUACCAUGAGUUUAACUGGGGUUAUGGUCUGGCCUGGGGGGCCACAAUCUUCUCCCUGGGGGGGGGCAUCCUGUACUGCCUCAACCCCCGCAACUAUGACGACUACUACUGACUACCACUAGUGACUAUCACUGACUAGUAUCACUGACGACUACUGCUGACUAAGACUCCUGACCAGACUACUGAUUAGAACUACUGACUAAUACAAUCAAGUAGUUACUAACUACUACUACUAAGUAGUAUGGCUGAGUUAAAUCACUGACUAAUACUGCUAAUGAAUACUUCUGAGGACUGCUAACUAGUACCUCUGACUACAACUGUUGACUAGUACUACUGACCUUCACUGACUAAUCAGAUGUGCAGUGGUAGUAAGAGCAGCCCUGACAGACAGCUGUCCACCUAAGAAAAUUCUCCAUAUACAGAAUCUGUUCUAGAUUUUAUUCUGUAUCUUAUUUUCUUUUCUUUUUUUUUAAUGUUCUUUAGCUCUCUUUGUACUUGAAUGUUCUCUAAAUCUCUGUGUUCCAGAAUGUUUGCUUGACUUUCCUGUUUUAGAAUGCUCUCCAAAUGUCUCAGUUCUAGAAUUGACUCUAGUUCUUGCUGUUCUAGAAUGUUCUCAGAUCUAUUGGGUCUAAACCGUUCUUGAUCUGUUUAAAUACAGAUCCCUCUGUUUUCUAGAUGUCUUAGUCCUCAAAUAUUCUAUAGAUCUGUGCUAGAAUGCUCUCUGAAUCUAUUAGUUCUUGAUUGUUAUUGAGAUCUCCGAUCCAAUUGUUCUCAAUGUUCUCCAGAUGUGACUGUGAAAUUGAUCACUUGAUCCUCAGGCCUUGAAAAAAGACAGAUACUUUGUUGUUGUUGAUGCCGUUUGUUAUUGUGGAAACUAGUCUAGACUGUAUGCUUUACCAUAGGAACCGCAACCAAAAGAGAUACGUUUCAGAAAUGGUGCUGCAUUUGAUAACAAGAACAGCAAUAACAACAACAACCACAACCAUGGAGAUGUAUUUAACACAGACUGCUAAUGAACUAACUGGCCAAUUGCAGUCGAGUGUGCCUCACCAACUGACCCACCAGAGGGGGAAAUCAUGUGACAUCUUGUUGAGAGGAGGCCAAGGAGGCUAGGAGGUCAAGAUAAGAGGUCAAGCUAGGAGCAAGGAGCCUAGGAGGCCAGACUAGGAAACCAAGCAAGGAGGCCAGAGUAGGAUCCGACCUGCCGGGUCACAACUCUUGGGCACCAGAGCCAAGGUAGGACCUGAUAACCUGCUGAAUGGACUCCAGACCUAAUUGGUUUGGUUCCUAUGAGUGAGAGCUGCUGUAGUGGUGACGGAAAACAAUGAUAACUUCAAACUAGUCCAUCUUGAUGGUCCACUGGUACAUGUUGCCACACUAACACAUCUCUGUUGUUAGAGUUAGCCCAGUAAAAGGAGGAACAAACUGUUACAUGGUGUGUUAGAAGCAAGGUGUGUGUGUGUGUUUGAGAGAGCUGUAGAAAGAUAAAACGAGUGUAAGUGUGGGUGAAUGAGUGGUUGUGUGUGUGUGUGUGUGUGUGUGUGUGUGUGUGUGCACCAGCAUGGUUUAGAUGCCUUAGUAGAGAUAUGUAUUAAUCUCUUUGUACUCUGACACAUUAAAGCACUAAUUACAACCAGA